GGAAGGCAGGGGCCUCACGGGUCAGAGCCUGGUGGGAGAUGGGAGGAGAAGAGUGGCUCCUACUGGGAAUGAAAUGGAGUGUGUGCCUCUGUCACUCAGCAUGUUUCUGCCGCUGUCUUGUGUUCUCCCGUAACUGUAGGUUACGUUGUCAAUGAGCUGGGCUUGGGGCCAGCUGUGCUUGCAGGGCUCCCGGCAGCUGUGCUAGGGCAAGAGGCACGGACAGUCGAGGUAAUAGGGGAGAGGUACUGCCAGGGUUUCUUAUACGCUGGGGAAGGCAAAUUCAGCCUGGAUGUCUGGUAUCCCCGUCCGGAGUGGGUGGAAGCUGUGGGAGCCAGAAGGAGGCUCUGGUCCUAGCCGAGCAACCUAACCUUCCCCCGUCUUCCCAUGCCCAACUAGGUCUGUCCUCCAAGGCAACCAGUUUAUUGUUCUGCCCCACUGACCUGUCUCUCUGUGUCCCUACUGCGUCCAUGUACAUCUUUCCAUCGUCCAACCACUUUCCCCAUGUACCCCAGGCUCCGUGAGUGCCACACUGUGGGGAGGGGGUGGGGGCCGUCAUGUCAUCGUAUCAGAAGGAACUGGAGAAAUACAGAGACAUAGAUGAAGAUGAGAUCCUAAGGACCUUGAGCCCCGAGGAGCUAGAGCAGCUGGACUGCGAGCUACAGGAGAUGGACCCCGAGAACAUGCUCCUGCCAGCUGGACUAAGACAACGUGACCAGACAAAGAAGAGCCCAACGGGGCCGCUGGACCGAGAGGCCCUUUUGCAGUACCUGGAACAGCAGGCACUAGAGGUCAAAGAGCGUGAUGACUUGGUUCCCUACACAGGCGAGAAGAAGGGGAAACCCUACAUUCAGCCCAAGAGAGAAAUUCCAGCCCAGGAGCAGAUCACUCUGGAGCCUGAGCUGGAGGAGGCACUGGCCCAUGCCACAGAUGCUGAGAUGUGUGAUCUAGCAGCCAUUCUGGGCAUGUACACACUGAUGAGCAACAAGCAAUACUAUGAUGCUAUCUGCAGCGGAGAAAUCUGCAACACUGAAGGCAUUAGCAGUGUGGUGCAGCCUGACAAGUAUAAGCCAGUGCCAGAUGAGCCCCCAAAUCCCACAAACAUCGAGGAGAUACUGAAGAGUGUUCGAAGCAAUGACAAGGAGCUGGAGGAGGUGAACCUCAAUAAUAUCCAGGACAUCCCGAUACCCAUGCUAACUGAGCUGUGUGAAGCAAUGAAGACAAAUACCCAUGUCCGGAGCUUCAGUCUGGUGGCCACAAGGAGUGGUGACCCCAUUGCCAAUGCGGUGGCUGACAUGUUGCGUGAGAAUCGUAGCCUCCAGAGCCUGAACAUUGAAUCCAACUUCAUUAGCAGCACAGGGCUCAUGGCUGUGCUGAAGGCAGUUCGGGAGAAUGCCACACUCACCGAGCUCCGCGUAGACAACCAGCGCCAGUGGCCUGGCGACGCAGUGGAGAUGGAGAUGGCCACCGUGCUUGAACAGUGCCCCUCCAUUGUCCGCUUUGGCUACCACUUUACACAGCAGGGGCCACGAACUCGGGCAGCCCAGGCCAUGACCCGGAACAAUGAACUGCGUCGCCAGCAAAAGAAGAGAUAACACUACCCUUCCCUUUACCAACUAGAGCUCAGAGCCCUAAAAGCUUAAAUCCUCAUCUUGUAAAUAAAGGCCCUUCUGUCCGCUC